CUUUUCUUUUCUCUUUUACCAAAAUUUUCCCAUUCCUCCAACUUUACUCCACCCAACACUCCCUUUAAUUAAAACCUUCCAUCUUCAAUCCCUAAUUUCAAAUUCAACUUGCUGUGUCUAAUUCAUUCAUUCAUCCAUAAGUAACCACACAUUUCUCAUUAUUCUUCUUCAACGCUCUCAUGGCUUCCAGAGUAGCUUUGUUGUUGUUUAUCUGUGUUCUUCCAGCGAUGGUUGUGGCUAUUCGCCCUGCGAAGAAUCCUUUAUGCUUGAAAGGUCGUGUUUACUGUGACGCUUGCCGUGCUGGUUUUGAAACCACCGCUAUCACUAACAUUGCUGGUGCUGAGGUUUUACUGCAAUGCAAGGAAAGGAUCAGCAAUGAAGUUGUGUACUCAAAGCGAGGGUGGACUGACUCAACUGGAUCAUAUACAAUGUAUGUGGAUGAGGAUCACGCCGACCAGGUCUGCGAUGUCAAGCUAGUAAGCAGUCAUCAGCAUUUCUGUAGAGAAGCCACACCAGGGCGUGACCAAGCUCGCGUUAUUCUCACCCGCUUCAAUGGCAUUGCCUCUAAUGACAGAUAUGCCAAUGCUAUGGGCUUCAUGGCACAAGAAGUUGCUUCUGGCUGUGCUGAGGUCCUCAAGCAAUACCAGGACUUAGAUGAUGAGAAUUAAUUCGUAGUUUAUUUAAUUUGGAUUUGGGUUUCCUUGUGUCUAUUUAAUUGAAUCUUGAUGGAGUGUUAACUCAACAGUCAGUUUAUGCUUAUAUAUAUAUAUUAAUGUGUUAUCGGACCAUAUUAUAUUGUUUCGUGAAGAUCAUAUGUCUUGUACUAGAAGAUUUAGUUUCAUGCCAGUUCUGUUGCUGUGGUAUAUUAUUAUUUUUUAUAAAUAUAUGAUUGAAUUACAAUCUUGAAUUGGCUA